AUGACAGAUGGAAGAUUCAAGUGCACAUCAUACCUGUUCGGCCAAGAGCUGCUCUCAACGUUCGGAACGCAGAUUGGUGAAAUUGCACUGAUACCCGCUACGGGCGGACUGUUUACUGUCGAGUUGACAUAUCUCCCGUCAAGUAGCUCGACGGAAGAGGGACGGGAUGUUGAUGCGAAGAAGGUUUUGCUCUGGGAUAGGAAGGCUGAGGGUGGGUUUCCAGAGACCAAGGUGUUGAAGCAGCGGGUAAGAGAUCAUAUUGAUCCGACGCGUGACUUGGGGCAUUCGGAUAAGCAUGGGAAGAAGAAAGAAGGCGGAGAAGAAGAAGCGGGGAAAGAGAAGGAUAGUGCUAAGCAUGGAGAGGAUGGAGAGCAGAAGGUGCAGGGGAAGGGAACAGAGGUCAAGAAGAAUCCGGAUGGGACUGUUUGUGAGGAUUGUAAAUGAAGGUAUCGUUCGCUAUGUGAGAGGCUGAAUGCCGCGAAUGCUCUACGUGUCUGCUAGCCUGUUGACUUAUAGUCCAACUCGCCUACGCUAGAGAAGAUGGGAGAUUGUGAAUGCCUCCAUGUGCUCUGCAAACCACAUAUCGCGAUUAGAUGGCAAGACAUC